AUGCACAAGCUGCAGCAGCGCGCCGCAGCAGCUCUGGCUGCGAGGCCGCUCGCUCGGUCCAUGCUUGUUCCAAGAGCUAGCCCGCUUUCCCCGGGCGGCAUCGCUGGGGCUGUGGUCGGGUCGGUUGUCGGCGCACUCCUCAUCGCGUUCUGUAUCUUCCCCUUCGUCAUCCGUGCCAGACGCCGACGGCUCGCCCACCAUGACGAUCCCGGUCUGGCCGAGAUGGGGCAGGGUCCCGGAGGCCCCAUCUUCAACCCUCAAGAUGUAGAUGACAACUCCUACAAAAGGUACUCGGGAUCCGGCCCCGAGACCGCCACCGCUCAAGACGCCCCGCAACCCACGGACCCAAACCACAAACCUCAGUCGACCCUCCCCCAGGGCGUCAACGUCGAGCACGGCCUACCCUCACCCGUCUCGUCACCCACCUCACCGACUGACCCGUCACCUUUGACGGCUACCGCUCCCACCCAACCACCGGCCGAGCCCUCGUCCAAAGGAUCUAGGGCCACCGCCGACCGUGAGAGCACUCGCCAAGUCAGUGUUAGUGACUCGUAUGGGCCACCAAGCCGCGAGCUCACCAACAUCGCUGCUGUUGGCAUCACUGAAGAGCCCGAGUCCUUCGAGCGCCCUUCUAAUUCCUCCGAGCACAGUCACUUCCCUCACCUCAGAGAGUCUCUCCGUGGACUAAUCCACGGCCGCCGCCGCUCUUCCCACCAGCGUCGGGACAGCAAACGGUCUACUCAAGCUGGCACCGACGGAGCGCGUUCGCCGUCCGUCAUCACCAGCGACCUUCUCCCCCAGCCCGAACCCCAGCAAACAAUAUCCGGCUUUGAGAUCGACAUAGAGACCCCCGGCUUGGCUUGGGAUUACUAUCACGACCCGACCUUGGGCAUUGAACUGUCCGACACGUACCCGCAGUCCACACCGACCGCAACCUCUACCAGCGUUGCCCCGCCUGCGCCUGUGCCAACUUCGGCUCCAGCGAAUCCCGUCUUUCCGGUCAAUCAAGCUGCUGUGGCGGGAGCAGACAGCAUCCCACUCGACAGUGAUACGACAGCCUCGCCUGGUGUCUUCAGCAGACAAAAUACUUUCCUGCAGGGCAGGAGAUUCCCCGGGCCGUUACAGCGCACCGACAGCUUACCACCUCCGGCCAUCGUGUCCGACCUUCCCAGCCCGCCCCUCCAAUACACCUUUGCCGGGCCAAGCGGUAAUCCGAUGGAGAUGAUGAAGCCAACUAACCCCGCCGAGAACGCAUGGAUGCUAGAGCACGAGAUGCGCAUGAUUCAAAACUCGCCGCCGCCGCCGGCACCAGAGCCUGUCCCCUACAUCUCGAUGCCAGUGGAGGAAAUGGCUGGCCAGAUGUUCGACAACGACCUCAAAGCCCAGUUCCAAGCGCAGUACCAGGCUACUUACCAACCGUACCAGUCACCCCCACCCACCAUAUCGGAAAACGGGUUUCAGGUUCAUGAGGAGUCGAUGGCCUAUUACACCACCAACUUGACGACUUCCGAUUACUCGACGCCACCGCCCUCCCACGGGCCAUCCACCGAGAACACACCAGAAACGAGGUUGACGCCCUACACGGCCUCCCCCUCCCCGCCGGCCGAGAUGGAGCCUACUAUCAACAGCCACCUAAUGCCGUCGCCGGGUCUUUCGGCCGGGCCGUCGCCGACGCCAGGCCUCUCACCAUCGCCGGGUCCGUCUCCGGGGUUGUCGCCCAUGCCAUCCCCGAGCCAUUCCCCGGGAACGUCUCCAGGCCGCUCGCCCGGCAGAUCUCCGGGUCGGUCCCCGGGUAGGACCCCGGCCGGGCCCCCUUAUGUCUGUGCCUGUGGCGUCGUAAAGAACUCGCUUCACCAGUUCAACCACCACCGACGCUACCAUGAACGGCCGUGCACAUGCGAGCAUGAAGGGUGUGGGCGAAGCUUUGGCACGAUCACGCAUCUGAAACGCCACAUCAACGACAAGCACACGAAAACCCGCAAAUUCUACUGCACCCAGCCAGGAUGCGAUUAUUCCAGGCAGGGCACAAAAUCCUUCCCCAGGAAGGACAACUGGAAGAGGCACAUGUUGAAGAAGCACUCGAUCGAUCCGCAGAACAUGACCGACGAAGAUGAUCUGGGCGAUAUCGGCAUGGACUAUCCCUGA